AUGAAGCUCAACAGUAUCGUCUUCAGUGCCGCUGCGGCGGCAGCGUUCAACCUGGGAAACGUCCAGUUCCCGUUCUCUCAUGAAUCACUAGAGUCGUCACCUCUUCUCGAUCUUCAUAAGUCACUUGUCGAACGUCCCUCAAUCACCGGUUCAGAGAAACACGUCACCGACUUUCUCAAGGCAUACCUCCAAGAUGCAGGUUUCACUGUUGAGGCCCAAUCAGUCGCCAAGAACCGCGAUAACAUUUUGGCUUACUACAACAACACGAGAAACACAAGAGUCCUCGUGACGUCUCACAUUGACACUGUCCCGCCGUUCUGGCCUUAUGAACGACGAGGUGAUGAGAUUUGGGGUCGAGGAACAGUCGAUGCAAAGGGCAGUGUCGCGGCACAGAUCAUUGCUGUUGAGGAACUAUUUGAGAAGAAGAAAGUCAGCGAAGGUGAUGUGGCCCUUUUAUUCGUGGUGGGCGAAGAGACGGGCGGACCCGGAAUGGGCAAUGUCAAUGACCUAGGUCUAUCCUGGGAGUCUGUCAUUUUUGGUGAACCAACAGAGCUCAAACUUGCUCGAGGUCACAAAGGUGGAUUGGGUUUCACCAUCAAAGCCAAUGGAAAGGCUGGUCAUUCUGGAUACCCUGAGACGGGAAGCAAUGCGAUUGACAGCCUUGUUCGUGGAUUAGCGGCUCUUCAGAAGGUUGAGUUACCUGGGAGUAAAGAGUUUGGGAACACUACUCUCAACGUGGGUAGGAUUGAAGGUGGUGUUGCUGGUAAUGUUAUCCCGGCGAACGCUUAUGCCACCGGAGGAGUCAGAGUUGCCGGUGGAACUCCAGAGGGUAUCAGGGACUUGAUUCGUCGGGUAGUUGAGGAGAGUGAUCCGAGCCUUGUUGUUGAGUUCUCGUAUGGUAUCGGACCAGUGCCUACAGACUAUGAUGUUGACGGCUUUGAGACUGUAGUCUUGAACUAUGGGACAGACAUCCCCAGACUAAAGGGGAGCCAUAAGAGAUAUCUGUACGGACCUGGCUCGAUUCUCGAAGCGCACUCUGCGCAUGAGCACUUGAGGGUUUCGGAUCUGCAGAAAGCUGUUGAGGGGUACAAGAAGUUGAUAUCUCACGCUCUUGAUCAACCUUCUGAGCUGUGA